AUGGCAGGCCAAAAUCAAAAUAUAAAUCUUUCGACCACCGAUGACCCACAAAAAAAUCAUCCUCAAAAUACACAAGAUACACAACUGAAUCCUCUACAAAAUCCUCAAGAUACACCAUUGUAUACCUCUCAUAAUGUUUGGGCGAAUAAUCCUCAGUUAACUUAUACUCCAUCGCAUGAGCAAUAUGGGCAAUAUAAUACUCAAUAUCAACAACCUCAACAACAAUUAAACGCUUAUGAUAAUAAUCAAUUUUAUCAACCUACUGGGGCUGUAAUUCAACAAAUCCAUUUGAUGGGGAUUAUGGUAAUACCGGUACUAAUCACCGGUGCUGGUACGAAUACUUAUUCAAAUGCUUACAGUAAUGUCGACAAUGCAACUAAUACUUAUAGCACUGGACCUGGAACAAAUACUUAUAGCACUGGACCUGGAAUAAAUACUUAUAGCACUGGACCUGGAACAAAUGCUUAUAACACUGGUCCUGAAACGAAUGCUUACAGUAAUACUGGUGGUAAUGAGAAUACGUAUAAUAGUAGUACCUUAACAAACUCUGAACCUAUUGAAAAUAAAGAAGAUAAUAAUGUAUCGGUAAAUCUUGCAUCCGCUGUGAAUCCUGGAAUUGAGACUUCUGACCCUUCAAAGUUACAACCCAUUGAUGAAGAAAAGAAGCAUAUACCCAGCGGAAAAAGAUUUUUUUUCAGGUUGUCUAUUCUUAUUUCUAGUGCUGGAGCUCUUGCAUUUAUUAUUGGCGCACCAUUGAUUUCAAAACGGGAUCCACUUGGGGAUGCAAAUCAUUAUGCAGUUAUAUUUUUAUAUAUUGUAUCAGGACUUUCUAUAAUACUUUCUCUCUAUUUUCUUGGAAAUUAUUGUACUCGCCGUUGGGGUAAAGCUCAGAAAAUUCCAAGACUUUCAUUACAUUUGCUUGAUUUUAUAUUUGCUGCAGCCUUCGGUGUUUUGAUGGUUUUCUUGAUUAAAGAUUAUACAUGCCCUAUUGGUGGCCUUAAUGGAUG